CUAAAUUGUGUUGAAAACAAGGGCGGAGAUGAAUGUGUAGGAAUGGUUUUGGCGUGAGACUGCGGGGAGCUAACGGCAGCUAGCCUACCUGCAAGUUGGAUGCUAAUUGACAUGUCGGCUAUGCAGCUAGUAUGUGUACAGUAGUCCUUCUGGCAACAUAGAUCAUGUGUUGCAGUAGCAGACAGUUAAAUACAAUGAUAGCGCAUUCGGCGGCCUGCAGCUAGGCGAGCAUGGAGUCUUUCCUGCAGAUCGCGCCCCACUCUCUGGCCAUCGUGUUGUCCAGGGUCGGGGCUGGGGAGGCGGUGGGGGCUGCCGGAGUGUCGGAGAGCGACGAGCUCCCCAGACACCACACCGGCUAUGAGAUAUUUGCCGAUUUCAAAGCGGAAAACACGCAACAUCACGUAUGGAAUCAACGGAUUACCGAGGCUGUGUCCGAGACUUUCUUCCUGGGAUGGAUAGACGAGCAUGUGCUGCUUAUACAGGGGAAGGAGGACCACCUGGAGGUAUUGAGGGAGGGAUGGAUGCGGAGGUCCCUCAACCCGCCUCGGGGAUUCACCAUCAAAUAUCUGGGUGAUGUGUCACCCAUCAGUAUGUCACCUAUCAGCCAAUCCCAGUUCAUCCCUCUGGGAGAAGUAUUGGUAUUGGCUAUCUCUGCUAUGAACUCUGCACAUAAGCCUGUCACCCAGGAGGCCCUGACGGAACAUCUACAGACAUGUUUUCCGGGUGUUCCCACACCAACAGAGGAGGUCCUGCACCACACACUGAACAUGUUGGUCCGUGAACGCAAGAUUUACCCAACACCUGACGGAUAUUUUAUUGUAACGCCUCAAACUUACUUCAUCACACCAAGCCUAGUCCGAACAAGCUCCAAGUGGUACCAUUUAGAUGAUCGAUCUGCUGACCGGCACCAACAGCAGCAACAUCAGAAUCAGCAGCAGAAUCAACAGAAUCAGUGCACCUCCCCCCUCUCUGGCACAAUCACCCCAUCCACUUCUGGCGGCGCACGAGAUCGAAGUCACCCAACAUCAAACCAGAACCACGGUGGGGGUGGCGGACUUGUGGAUUCCUUUUAUAACAACACCUACCGUGGAGACGAUCCCUCCAGUCACCAUACUACUCUGCAACUCAGAUCCCCCAAAGAUCACCGGGAGGUAUAUUCGUCUCCACAGUCACCUCCUCAGCCACCAGGAGGCAGUACAGAAAAGAGCCGAAGCACCCUCGGGUUCCCCUUCAAGACUGACACACUCACAAAGCAUCAUGGAGGAGGAGGGGGUGGAGCAGGAACUGGUGAGCUGGAGAAGCAGGCAGGAAGUGGUACAGUAAGUCGUAAGUUUGGUUUGAAGCUGUUUCGUCUCAGCUUUAAGAAAGACAAGACGAAGCAGCUGGCUGCCUUCUCUGCACAGUUCCCCCCUGAGGAGUGGCCUCUCCGUGAUGAGGAGGCACCAACCCAGCUCCCGCGUCAUGUCGAGAUGGAGAUUAUUCGCAGAAUUAACCCUGAUCUCACAGUGGAGAACCUUGCCAGGCACACAGCAGUCAUGAAGCGUCUUGAAGAGGAGCGUGCACAGAGAAGCAAAGCAUCAUCAGCCAAUCCCAGUUCAAGAAGUAGAAGAAAUGGGGGGAGACAUAGAAAGCAAUCUCAGACCAAACUAAGCCGCUCGCAUAGUAAGACAAGGGUGUCCCGGGGUGAGCAGAGCGAGAAUUCUCAUUUGGAACUAAUUGACAGGGACUAUAGAGCUUACUCAUCAUCACUGGCUUGGUCACCGAGGGAACAUGCUCUGGGCAUGGAGCGGCAACGUACGCGUCUUCAUCUGGCACAUAGCAACCCUAACAUUCUUGACUCCUCUCACCUUCCUGUCACUCCAGAAUGGGAUGUGUCUGGAGAGCUCGCUAAACGAAGGACAGAAAUGCCUUUCCCUGAGCCAAGUCACGGCCCAUCAGCGCACCACUCGAAAGUCCACCGCUCACACUCACACACGCAGGAGAGGAAGUCCAGGAAUGAACGUAGCAAUAAAGCAAAGGAACGCUCCAGAUCCAUGGAAAAUUCUAAAGGACCAUUCGGAGCUGGCUUAAUUGGACCACCCAGUUACUAUGAUGAUCAAAGCCGUUACUAUACUGACGACGCAACCUUACGAGCCAACAACAGCUCUUGCCCCUACCCUCAUGCCACUACUCCCUCAGCUAAGCUGCCUGGGGAAUCAUUAGGGGUAGAUGGUGGCAGAAGUUUAGAGAAAUGUAAGAGUCGAGACAGUCUCCCAGCAUACUCUCCUAAAUCACACCACAACUCUGUCCCUCCUAAUGGCUACUUCCAGUGCACUGGUACUUCUGAUGCUAUACUCACCGCCCCAAGCCCACUGGGAACUCUUGGUAAAAAUAGCCAAGAUGUGUUGAAAUUGGGCUGCAAUGACAGGCAAACACCACAUCCUCCAGAAAAUGAGGACUUUUCAAAAGUGGGACCUAAAGGUGGCAGCCUGCCUCCAAUACCUCUCUCAAUGCCAGAGCUCCCAGGUUCAAAUGCACGACCUCCCCACAGUGCCUCCUGUGGUAAAGAAAAACGUAAGGAGAUCUUUAGUAAAGACACACUUUUCAAACCACCUCCUAGCCUUCCUUUGCCAGGGUACAGCUCUUUGAGGAAAACUCCUGUCCUUGCCUCCUCCACUCUUUCUUCAUCCUGUGAUGCACUUGAUUCCCAGGAGGCCUUUGAUGCUGCCAAACCUCUAGUUGCAACUCCCUCUGUUCCCAUACAAGCAGGGGAACCCACAACUAGUGUUGCAGAGGCCUCCUUUGACUACUACAAUGUUUCAGAUGACGAUGAACUUGAGGAGGGAGGCACGAAAAGUAGAGGAGAGGAUGGCAAAAUGGGAGGGGGUGUUGUGGGAAUGGGAGGAGGUGGAGCAGGCACCAUGCAGUGGCUCUUGGAGCGAGAAAAGGAGAGGGAUCUCCAGAGAAGGUUUGAAAGAACCCUCACCUUUCCUUCUCCUAAAGAAAACCUUCCAGAACCCAGUCAGAAUCAGCAGUCAGCGCACUCUGCCAGACUCGACAGUAUGGACUCUAGCUCAGUUACUGUUGACAGCGGAUUCAACUCGCCAAGAACGAGGGAGAGCCUUGCAUCGAACACCUCGUCCAUCGUGGAGAGUAAUCGUCGGCAGAAUUUGGCUCUGAGUCCCGGCCACCUCGGUAUUACAAACAGCAACGGUCCCCCUUUCUCAUUCCGCGCCAUCCCUGAACCAGCUGGCAGCCAACCGGAAAAACUCCAAAAGCCCAACGCCUGCCUUGCAUCAAUCACCAGCGUCUAGAGGCGUGAUGGAGGACAAGAGGAAGUCCUACCCCAAGGACUGUUAAACAUGCAGACUGUCACAUUGACUACAUCAGUGGAGUUGCCACCACUUUGGAAUUAUAGCUGUUAAUAGACACAUAAACACAAUCUUACAAACAAAGUAAUUUAGACCACCAUGAGACUGCUCUCUUCUCUCAAAAACGCACACACACAGACACACACCAUGCCACUGGGCAAGCUAACCAUGUCAUUUCAUAGCCUUGUGUUUACACACCACUGUCAUAUUCUCUUACUUACAUGGAUUUUACUUUGCCUGUGCGUUUGCUUUCGUGUGAGUUGGUGAGUGUAACGUGUGGGAUAUGCUUGUAUACCAGUAAUCUGGAAUCUCAGGUCAUAUCGUUCUUAUUCCCACUCCAGCUGCUCAAUAUCAGUGCAUCUCCAUCCGAUGGUGUCUUUACACACUGAAGGGUCUGAGGCUCUGCUAACUAUUGUUACUGACACUCCAUGCAGUCAGUCCAGAUCUGCGCACUUUGUCUCGUCUGUUUGCUUGAAUAUGGGGAACAUUUUACAAAAGUGUCAGCUAGACAGAGAUGGAAUUACAUCUAACCUGGGCACAAUUGGUUCCUUAUUAGUUGAGAUGCACAUGUUUCUGUGGUUUCAGCUGGAUCGAACAGGAGCCUAUAUUUCAAAGACAGAACUGAUCCUGCGCGAGUCACACACAUAUAAGUCUAAAGUCUAUCGCCUGUUUAAACCAUACAAGUCUUACACAGUCAGAUAGAUUCCUGAAUGAGCAAUGUCAGGACACUUAUCAAACAUUCAAAACUAUACAUUUAAUGUCAGUGACUUUAACAUCAGGUUAGGAGUUGCGUAGCCAAUCCACAAAACACACAGCAACUCUUUCUCCGUUUCUGUUGUGUUCACUUCAUUGGAACAGCCUGAAUAAAGACACCAGCUUCAGUUUUAGUCGGUUGCAACAGUUUCCUUGACUUUUGGAUACAAAUUUAAGACUGCUACUAUUUAUCAGGUCCACUGGAUGCUGAUGCCUCAUCUCUGCAUCAAGUCAUGUGCUUAAAGCUUAGCAGGUCACAGGAAUGCACCUACUUACCAGUAGAUGUCGCCACAGCACACAUGAGAAAACAUGCACCACUCAGUCUUUCAGGUUACAGUACAGAACUCAGCAUUUUAUUGUGAUGUUAUUAAAACCAACCAAAACAAAGGUUGCGUUGAUUCUGAUUUGUAUUUCUGUCAUGGUUUAUAAAACAUAUUGCAUUCACAGCAUGUAUAAAUGAGUUGGUUGGGAAGAAACUUGAAAUUGCUGCAGAAGCAUUCAGUGGACAUAAGUAAUUUUGUUUCUUAAUUUGGUUAAUAUAACCUGCGAAAAAUUGCACUGAGUUGAUUGCUUGGCACGAGAAUAUGAACACAAUCAGGGCGCAGAAUUUUGAUGCAAAAUGAGCGCCUGUACUGGUAUUUAGAUAGCCACCUGGGUAAUGGGAUCGUAUGGUUUUGAAAAUGAACAUGAAUAUCCAUAUACUGUGAGUGUUGGUCACCGAUAGCAGGGUUGUAAUUUCUUUUUUUUUUCAGUAUUUUUUACUAUAGUACAAAACUGGAAAAAUUUGAGUUCAUCACAUUCACUCAUGGUGCUAAAAAUGCAUUAUGGUCUGUGAUGGUCGUAAUGGUAAUAAGGAGUGAUGAUAUAUUGGAAUAGUAUUAAAUGGCUGCUUACAUGUGGUAAUACAUAACCUUACAAACUAAUGGAAAUGUUCAUAUAUGAUAUCCCCUCUAAGAAGUACCUACAGUGCCCUCCAUAAUUAUUGGCACCCCUGGUUAAGAUGUGUUUUUUACCUUCUAAUAUUUUUUUUCCUAAAUAAUAUGGGACUUUAAUGGGAAAAAAGAGAAAAAUCCAUCCUUCGAUACAAGUGCAUUUAUUCAGGGAGGAAAAAAUCCCACAUAAAGAAAAUUAUUUGACAUCAAAUGUGUCACAAUUAUUAGCACCCCUGGUGUUAAUACUUUGUACAACCCCCUUUUGCCAACAAAACAGCACCUAAUCAUCUCCAAUAAUGUUUCACAAGAUGGGAAAAGACAGAAGGAGGGAUCUUCAGCCAUUCCUCUUUGCAGAAUCUCUCUAAAUCAUCCAGAGACCUGGGUUCUCUCCUCUUCAGCUCACCCCAUAGGUUUUCAAUGGGGUUGAGGUCUGGAGACUGAGAUGGCCAUGGGAGGAUCUUGAUUUUGUGUCUGGUGAACCAUUUCUGUGUAGAUUUGGCCAUAUGUUUAUUGUCAUUGUCUUGCUGAAAGACCCAGUGACGACCCAUCUUCAGCUUUCGGGCAGAGGGUAACAGAUUUUGAUUCAAAAUGUCCUGGUAUUUCAAAGCAUUCAUGAUGCCAUGCACCCUAACAAGGUUCCCAGGGCCUUUGGAAGAGAAACAUCCCCACAGCAUCACUGACCCACCCCCAUAAUUCACAGUGGGUAUGAGGUGCUUUUCAGCAUGCGCAUCUUUCGUGGCACGCCAGACCCACUUAGAGUGUUUGUUGCCAAAAAGCUAAAUUUUGGUCUCAUCUGACCAAAGCAGACGGUCCCAGUUGAAGCCACGAUACCGCUUGGCGAACUCCAGAUAUUUGCGUUUAUGAUUUGAGUGAGGAAAGGUUUUCUCCAUGCUUGCCUCCCAAACAGCUUGUUGGCGUGUAGACAGCGCCUGAUGGUUGAUUUGGAGACUUUGUGACCCAGGAUGCUACCGUUUGUUGUAAUUCUAUAACUGAGCUUUGGAGAUCUUUUGAUUUGUCUUACCAUCCUCCUCACUGCGCGUGGUGGCAAAAUAAACAUGGGUCCUUGUCCAGGCUUGUUUAGCACUGUUCCAGUUGAUUUGAACUUCUUAAUUAUUCCUCUCACAGAGGAUAUGGGCAGCUGCAGUUGAGUGGCAAUCUUCUUGUAGCCUCUGCCUGACCUGUGAAGGUCUACGCACAUCUUUCUCACUUGUAUGGUGUGUUCCUUUGUCUUUCCCAUAUUUAAGAAAGAAAUGGCCUCUGUGUCAUGUCAUAUUUAUACCCUAGGGAAACAGGAAGGGAUGAAUUACUAAUUAAAUGUUCCUACAUACUCUGGCAAACUUUAUAAACUACCAUAGAAAUGACAAAUGCUUCAAUUAUAUUUAUUUCCUGGGAAUUGUUAAGAGUGCCAAUAAUUGUGCAACAGGUGAUUUAAUGAAAAAUAAUUAUUUUUUAGUCAGGGAUUUUUUUCAUUUUCUUACAAUUCAUUUGAGUUGAAGGUUAAAUUUUCCUAAAAUUUUCAGUGUGACAAUAUUCUUCUGCAAUAAACACUAAGUUUAUUUUAAGGCUUUUAACACAUCUUAACCGGGGGUGCCAAUAAUUAUGGAGGGCACUGUAUAUUGGUUUUACACGAGACUGAGCAGGAUUGACUUAUUUGUGUCAAAAUGUGCUUGACACAUUUUUAAGCCUGAGCUGAAAUAUGUUGGUCUGGUCAAACAUGGGAAAUGGUGUGGUACAUUUGAGCCAGUCAUGGUCCGUAUCAGAGAUCCAUUUUUCUGCAGGCUCUGGAAGUUUGCCAGCCAACCUUAUGUUAUCAUCCUACAAGCUCCUCUUCAACUACCUCCACAAUAGCAAAAACACAGCCCGUCCUUUCCAUGAUCACACUGUCAUCAGCCUUUGGCCUGUGAAUGUCUGCACAUACAUACAGUACACACAAAACAUCCAAGUGCUGGACUCCCUGUCCUUUUGUUUACCUUUGUUCACCCACUGUCAUAGCGUAGCUGCUAUAAGCGAGUGAGCCAAAUGCAAAGAUGCAUGGAAAAUCUCAGAUUGGGGAUAUGCACAUUGUAAAGUUCCACUUAAAGAUAUCUAGAACCCCAAACAAUAUAUAUAUCUUAAAUAACCUUAUGGAGUACUACAGCUUUAUUAUCUUUUCUGUACCGGCGUACUGACGUUUCUACAAAUAUGCUUUGGUUUCAAUUAUGCUCUUACUGAAAGUGGUUUGUAUUUCUCCCAGCUUUACAAUAAGAAAUAAAGCAUCCACCAAACAGUACAGUUCAGUUUGGUCCAAUCCCCCAAAUUCUCAACCUGUGAAGCCAGACACCCUCUGUUACAGUAGUUUUAUUUAUUUUCUAGAGUUAAUGCAUGUUCUGGUAUUGAAUGAUUCCCUGCUAGUUACUGUAAGUAUUGGAUGCCUUCACCAUCCUGCCGACAAACAAGUUCAAGCUUGAUCAGGGUUAUUGAUCACUGCACACCACAGUAAACUGAAAUGUACUGCUUCGUAAAAAUGUAGUCUGACUCAAUACAUUCCCUGUUUGAUAUACCUGUAGGUUCUACUUAUUUGAUGGAGCACCGCAAACCUGUGUAUUGAAUAUUGCAAGAAUAUAAAUGUAUGAGGUGCAGUCAAAAAGUCCAAUUUAAUUGAACAUAAUGAAAAUGUUAACCACUUGUAGUUUAAGUACUUGGUUGAAAGGUGUUUUUUUAAGUUUUGUUUUAGCCCAUCCAUAUCCUGUGAGCUAAUUUGAAAUGAUGAUGUUGCGUGAGCAAGAACAAGAACAUGUUUUGAGUGACCUCCAUGACAAGGAAAGAAGUAGCAGGCCAUCUUUAGCGGUUAAUCCUGGGUCUAGUGCGAGGCUCUUGUUCUUGGGCUUUGGUCCUGGACACACACUUUUUGACUGUGUCGUACCCUAUUGCAGCUUCCCCUUUAACACCUUUUAAAAAUAUUUAGUGGUGGUUCCUCCUCCAAAGCAAAGAAUUCAAUCACAGGUCUUUGCUUCUGAUGCGAAUCCAACAAUGAUUUCAUUUCCAAAAUAGAUGACAGAAAGAAGACAUUCUGAAACAAAACUUCAACCUUCAAACAAGUAUUUCAACUACGAACUGUGAACAUUUCUGAAAAUGAAUGCUUGUGGGUUUAGUUCAAUUGGGCUCAAUAUUUUUUAUUUUCUCUGAAGCCUUCUGAAGCAGUCCUUUCUACAAACCUAAACACUAGGCUUUUAGUCCUUCCCACAUAAUUACAAUUUUUUACACUUUGGGCUUUCAUGCCAAGUCUACCUCUGCAGAGGGAACGCGUAUCACCGGUACAUACUAUUGGUUGGUUUCCCAUUCUUUAAAUUAGACACAGUAAGGGUAUAGUUUCUGGGAGGCCUCAUCGCUCAGUGGUUAGAGCAUUGGUUUUGGUGAACCAGGGGUCAUGAUUUCGUAUCUCACUGGGGCCUCCACUCCCCAAGAGGGGUUGCGAUAGGAAGGGUAUCCGGCGUUCAAACUGUGCCAAACAAGUAUGAGCGUUCAUCUGAGAUGUUACGCUGUGGCGACGCCUAAUGGGACAAGCCGAAGAAACUUGUUAAGGGUCUACUUUCUAUUACCGUUACAAUAAGUAUGUGCGCCCGUUCCUUAAAAGUACAGUCAGACUCCAUUAUAUCACAAAUAUUGUAUUAAGCACUGAGUCCUGGAUUCCAAUGAUUAGUUUAUUCCAUAUCCCUGUGCCACAGUUCAGGGUUUUAACCUCUAGUUCCACCUGUAAAAUAGGGCUGUCGACUCUUGUAUGGUGGAGGCCAAGUGGUUCUGUGCCUCAGUGUCUGACUUUGCACUGUCCCUGGCCCGUUCUCCCCGCCACUGUCUGGUCCACAGGCCCUCAAUCUAUCUACCUUAUUGCCCUCCAGCUAGCCAUAGUCAUAUAUAACCUUACAUCCCUUUUCUACACUGACAGUCCACAAAAUGUCUUCCCUUCACAUCAGCAGUGGGUUCAAAACAUUGAGGUCCAACAAUAACAUUGCUUCAAAUAGCAACAUACCUGUAAAUGAUGUUCAUCUGUCAUGCCUAGGUCACUCAGCUAAUUUAAACAAUAAAAAGAGGGAUUUUUUUUUCAAAUGUCUAUAAUAUCUUAAAGUCCCUUUGAUGUUAGUACUGGUGUUACCAUUGUUGUAGUGUAUGUGAUACCCGAUGGGGUUUGUGUUACUUUUUGAGAUAAUAAAAUAAUGA